CAUGACGCACAAGCACUGACUAUCUCCGCUUCCGCUAACCGUGUUAGCAAAAGAAGUUUGAGAGAUCGCAUCGUCUCCUCAGACGUUUCGUCGUCUUUAUCCGUAUUGUCUAUAGUAUAUUGUCGGAAAAACGAGAUCAACUCGUAGAUGCUUUCAGCAGGGAUUUGGACCUGUGGUGUAUCAGCGAGUAUUAACAUGAGAUAUCCGAAGAGUACUUUAUGGAAAGAUUGCGGCACAUUUGGUGACGUGAUCAGUGAAACAAGCAGCUAUUGACGGUAGCAUCCAAAGCAGGUCCACGUCCUCCUCGCAACGCCCAAGACAGAGCUGCGCUCCAUUCUCCAUCACGUAGAUACCUAUAGGUCAUGGUGUUUACAAUGCAUGCUUUAGAGUCGUCUAGCUCCUGCUCUACACAAAUCCGCAUGAGAUUUUCAGCCAUCUCGUCGUCUUGGAUAUACAUAGCUUCAAUGUGACUCUCCAGGCGCAGUCGACCCUCUGACCCACAAUGCAGCAAGUAGUCCGCACCGACCUCCCACAAGCAACUGUUCUGAAUCAAACCGGAACCAUAUUCCAUCAAUAGGAAGUCCCUGAUUUCAACUAAUGCUGGCAAAACGGCGUAUUCUGAAUCUGUGUGCAACAACGUGUCGAUCAGAUGAACGGACAACCAGGGAUUCGAUAUGAGGUUCUUGAAAAAAAAAAGAAUCAAAACCGGUUCGAAACAGAAUUCAUCCAAAAAUGUGGGUAUUACCUGUAACACUGAUAUAUCUUUCAUGCUCAAAAUGGAAAGAAAAGGAUCAAAUUCUCCAUCUUCAAAAUUUUCCGUAUUCUUGAACAGUUCGCGGCACUCCAGAGCGAGAGGACCUAAUUCAUUAUAUGCAACAGUAGGAUCUUUCACAAAAGUGUAAAAUGGCAUUAAAUGCCACCACUCAGUAACCACAACCGAAGCAGCACGUUCCAAAUUCUUCUGAUCGCCAUUCAGUAACUGUGCCAAGAAGAGAAUAUUGCGGUUGCUGUCAAAGGCGCCUGACGUGAUCAAUGAACCUAGCUCGUGUUUCCAACGCUCUAGCUUUGCGAUCUUUCCUUCAUCGUUUAACCAGUUCCAAUCCAAGCCGCUCAAAAGAUUGUUGAACCUUUCCGCGGCUUUGUCACCUUUCAGCAUACUCAGGAAGUCAAUGCAAAUGUCAAAACGGCAACCGAUUAACGUGAGGCAUACCGCUCUCCAAUAGCUUCCCUCGCCAACUGAACUACCCUCAGCUAGGUCUUUUGAGGCUUUUUGGACAUUUCUAUCGAUGAAGGUGAACGAUUCCGUGCUCCAAGAAAUGAGAUCGAGACAUAUAGGAGUGUCUCCUUGUUUGAAAAACAUGGCUUCGAACAGGGUCCAGAUUGUGAAAUCGCGCAUGUGAACAUUUUCUUCCUCUCCCACUUCCUCAGCGCAAUGAAGCAGGGCUGAUCGAUAUUCCCGCGAGAUCGAAAGUGUCUCUACUGCAUUCAACCUUUCGUGUUGAGUCAACUGUCUACAUUUUUCAAAAAUAA